UAGUGUGUUUGGGAAACAACAGGAGCACUGGACAAUUUUAUGAUAUUUAUGGCUGUCAUUAUUGCCCUCUUCUCUGAGCUCCAUUAUUUUUCUCACAUAUUCUCAGGCUAUUUUAACAUGCCACCUUUCCGAUAGAACGACUCCACUGCAAUGUUGAAUUGUAUGGAAGGGCUUUCGUAUCAGCGCUCUGUGUGCUCAAGAAACCGACAGCUGUAGGGUAAAAUAUUAACUUUUGUUCCACGGACACCGCUUCUUUAUUAGUGGAAACGGUUGAAAGUGUGUUUGUCUGGGUCCAGAUGUCACGCGAAUGGUGAAGAGGGGUGUGAUCGUUACCCGAGCAACCCAUAAAUCAAAGCUUCGACAUCUAUGGUACUUGGACCAAUCAGAGUAGGGGCAAGAAGUCGAGAUGUUUUACUGUUACGGGAUUAUCCAGAUCGAUCUGUCAGCCCAAUAUGCCAAACAUCAAAAUGUUCUUGCUAUUGCUGUGAUUUAAAUCUGGAAAAACACUUUCACUGCUUUUUAAUACUCUUUGAUCUCCAUUUUUUACUAUUUACUUUUUUGGAGAACAAUGCCACGCACUGCAGUGGUGGACACAACUUUGGGGAGCUACCCAUGAGAUCUGCGUAUUCCAUCAAGACCUUUUGAAGGGGUUGACCUCUGAGUGGAGCAUCAACCGUUGGAUCUGGCUCCGGUGCUCCAGGAGGUUGAUGGCGAGGUUCCAGUCUCUGCGGGUCAAAGCGGACUGGGCAGUACUUUUGAUUGUGGCCCACUUCACAUACCUGCUGGUUGGUGCCGCUAUCUUCCAGAUACUGGAGCGGGAGGCUGAGAGCAACAACCGGAACCACUUCCAAGUGGAGAAGUUGAACUUCUUGUCUAAUUACACCUGCCUGGACAGACAGGCCUUGGAGAAGUUUGUUCAGGUGAUUUUAGAUGCUUGGGAAAAAGGAGUGAAUCCCUCAGGCAACUCAACAAACCCCAGCAACUGGGACUUCAGCAGCUCCUUCUUUUUUGCAGGAACGGUGGUCACGACUAUAGGCUAUGGCAACCUCUCCCCCAGCACUGUAUCCGGUCAAGUGUUUUGUGUGUUUUACGCCCUGUGUGGAAUCCCACUGAACCUGGUCUUCCUCAAACAGCUGGGCAAGUGUCUCACCAUCCACCUCGGUCGACUGGAGAGGGGAAUGUUCUCAGUUGUUCCACACAAGAAAAUGGUGGAGGCUGUGGCUGUGGGCUUGUUCUUCAUCACAGGCAGCCUUGUGUUCUUGGUCAUCCCUCCUCUGCUGUUCAGUUAUGUGGAAGGCUGGACGUUUGGCGAGGGCUUCUAUUUCUCCUUCAUUACCCUCAGCACCAUUGGUUUUGGAGAUUAUGUGGUGGGUACCGACCCGGGCAAGGAGUACAUCUCCCUGUACCGGAGCCUUGCAGGCAUAUGGAUCAUCUUUGCCUUGGCUUGGCUCGCUCUUGUCCUCAACAUGGGAGCCAGAAUAAUGGAGCUUGUGAUCGGCUUGACUCAUCCAGGCUUCAAGAAACAAGAGGAAGAGCAGGAGGAGGAGGAGGUGUCAACAAGUAAACUAGAAGACGUGUCAAAGACCUGACAGUGGACUCUAGAGGGGAAAUCUACAUGUCGAUUGUGUUCUUCAUGUAAGAUUGUGUACAUACUACGGUACGGUGGGGUAGCAGCUCGUUGUAAGAUAUUUAUUCCUCCGUAUACUGUAUAUAUUUUUCACCUUGUCAAGAAUUGGUUCAACGCAAAAUACAACCACCAGCACAGAAUGUUUUCUCUGAAUCUUUUGAGUUAUUUUUUUAUUUGGUCUCACUUUUUCUGACUGGACCGGCACAGAUUCUAAACCUGGCAGAAAAAGUAUUAUCUUAUCCCGUUGGAAAGCCUGUUUAAGAAGCGAGCAUUUGUGGGAUUAGCAGAAGACUUGAGAGUGUGUUUUUAAGCCAAAUGACCUCUGCCAUCAGGCUGCUAUGACGCCCUCCACCCUCCGUUUGCUGUCAGCAACACGUGCACGGGAACCUGAACAUGUGGGGGAGGUUAUCUGCUGAUUGCUGCACCAAUAGAUUAAGAGCUUCAGGUGGAGGCGGUGGGAUGGAGAAACAAGGAGGGCAUUCCAUCCCACAGCAGUGUGUGAGGAGGAGGGGCCGGGCCCAUGUGGCUCUGCAAGCUUCUUGCCUCCUGCUGAGGCUCCUGUUUGUCAAAUCCACACGUUGUUAAAUGUAUCAAUUUAAACAGCAGAGAAGAUUUGGCCGAUUUUUCAUGGGCGCACCCCACAUAAGCAUAAGCGAUGCUGCCCAUCUCACAAAUGUAUUUUACUCACAAAGGUGGCACCAUUUAAAAAGGGAAGCAAACAGUUUCCAACUGUAAAAGAUGUAAUGACACAGGAAUUAAAUAAUUGACCAAACACAAAUCUUGUGGUUCUGUGGGGAAGCAUUGCCAUCUAUGUCCACCUUAACAUUGUCAUGCUGCUGCUGCUGCUGCCACUAUUACUACGACUAAUAUACCACUGCUACGAGUUUCCCUAAAGUAAUGUAAUGUAACGGUAUACAUGUUCUUCUGUUGGCCUAAUAUUCAAUUCCGAGUAUUGAGGACGACAUGGCAUUGUUGGUGGUCCUUGGUUUGUAGUAGAAUUGCCCAGGCUAUUAUGGGAUGGAUUCGUACAGAACAGCAAUUUCCAGAUUUGAAGCUUCUCGAUUGGUAAUCCUUUGUUCAUUCUGAUCUUAUUAUUCUCUGUUUUCAUUGUCCUUAUUCUUAUUUUCAAUCAUUUUUCAUAUAUUAUAUUUGGAGAAUAAUUCGAAAUUCUAAUUAAGAUGGAGGCCCUAAAGGAUGAUUUUUGUACAGAUUUAAAGGCAUUUUAUCAAUAAAAGGCCUGAAAGAAUAGUGUAUGUAGCUGCUUACCAAGCUUGUCCCCAACCAACGGGUCAUGGGCUGCAGAAAAGAAAGAAAAAAAAUUCUCUCUCCUUUUUUCUCUCAAAAAUUUUGAAAAAUGACCCGCCUGCAUUGACUACCACAACAUGCUCUGAUUUUAACUUCUGCAAAAAGUUUGAUUUUGUAUUAUUAUAAUAUCAAAAUCUAAAGUUGUAUUAAAAUAACAUUAAUAACACAUGUUGGAUAAAGCAUAACAUGAAAUUGUGAAUAUGAAAACAUGCAGUUUCUCUCAGGUAAGGAUAUUGUAAUGUUCAUAAACGGGUUAAAUUUUGAA